AAAGUGUUCAAUACAUUCUUUUUUGAUAAUUACAACUUCGCAUAAAAUGAGUUUCAGUGGAUACAAAAAGUUUAUUGAAGCAGGCGAUCUUGUCAUUGUCUACAUGACAAGAGAUAAUAUGACACCUAUUUACAUUUCCGAAGACGGUAUUUUCAAUAACCGUUUCGGUGUCUUUCAUCAUAAUGACAUUAUCGGCAAACAAUUUGGCUCCAAGAUGGUGUCUUCCAAUUACAGAGGCUUUGUGUAUUUACUUCACCCUACACCCGAACUUUGGACACUUGUUCUUCCUCAUCGUACACAAAUUCUUUACAUUGCCGAUAUUUCGUUCAUCACCACCAUGCUUGAAAUGAAGCCCGGUGUCAAUGUCAUUGAAUCAGGUACCGGUUCAGGCUCAUUUUCACACUCGAUUGCACGUACCAUUGCACCUCACGGUAAACUUUAUUCGUUCGAAUACCAUCAAGAACGUGUCAACCUCGCCAAAGUAGAAUUUGCCGACCAUGGAUACGGCGAUAUUAUUCAAAUGCAUCACCGUGAUGUGUGUAAAGAAGGCUUCCAGAUGAAGGAUGCUGUCAAUGCCGUGUUUUUAGAUUUACCAGCUCCUUGGGACGCUGUUGCAUCUGCCAAAGAAGCGUUCAAGCAGGAUCAAACCGGUAAAAUCUGUUGUUUCUCACCAUGUAUUGAACAAGUCGCACGAACUGUCACUGCCUUGGAGGCGAAUGGAUUCAUCGAUAUCACCAUGUACGAAUGCUUGAUUCGUGAGCAUUCGGUUGCUCCUUUACAAAAGAUUAGUUUCUCGGACGCCUUGAAGGAUGCACAAGAGAGAAGAGCAAAGGGAUUACCUUCGGUUGAUAGUGUGGCUAUUAAGCGAAAGUUGAGUAAAGAUGAACCUGUUCCAACAGCCAAUGAAAUCGAAGAAGCCGCUAAUUUAAUGUUGGUCUCCAAGACCGUGGGAGAAACAAGAGGUCAUACCAGUUACUUGACAUUUGCUACAUUUUUACCACCUACUGCUAUUCAAUUUGUCGACUCUGCCAACGCCAAAUCUGAUUAGAUGAAUCACAUACACAUAUAUAAUAAUUUUUUUUUUUUGUCCUUGUAAUAUAAUAAACCAACCCUUUUUUUUUUUUUUUUUUUUUUUUU